AUGGCUCCUCGUCAGGGAGGCUACCUCCGCGUCCCCGGACAAGAAGAGGAAUUUCUUCAGCAGCAACCCCGUCGCAGCCGCUCCGGCUCCGCCGGCCGGAGGAAGAAGCCCUUGCCGAGCGAAAAGCCGCUCCCGGCCCUUCCGGGGUCGACCCCUACCCACACAGCGGGCUUCGUCGACGUCGACCUCAACCUCGACGGCGGCAUCGCCAGCACGCCCAGGAGCCGUCGCCGUGCCGCCAUCGUCAUCGCCCUGGUGCUUGCCAUCGUGGGAUGCGUUCUGGCCUUUGUCGUCCUCGGCCUCGCCUGGGACAACGGCGGCGUGCGGAGGGGCCCCAGCGCGCUGGACGACCUGAAGCACACGGGCGACUGCCCUUGCCGGCCGGACAGCGACGUACCGCAGUACUUCCAGACGAGCCCUGAGCUAUGGGCCGGCCCGACGGCGACGGGGAGGCCCGCCUUCAUGGCCCAGACGAGGGUCCUGCCGACGGGGACUUUUGUGCCGAACCAGCCGCUGCAGACGGACAUACCGAUCGAGGGCAUGAGUAACAGUAACGAGAGCAUCUUCAACAUGAUGGGGUUUCUCACGCCGUACCAGCCGAGCCCUGGGUUCGGAGUGGACGAGUACGCCCUGCCAGCUGGGGCUGAGAUUGUCCAGGUUCAGAUGCUUUCCCGACACGGCUCCAGAUACCCGACCCUGGGAUCCAAUGUUGCUAGUUUAGGAGAGCGCAUUGCGAAAGCUGGUGGCAAGCUCAAGGCGAAGGGUGCUCUGAGUUUCUUGAACGACUGGAAGUAUCAGCUUGGGCACGAGAUCUUGGUUCCCAAGGGACGUCAAGAACUGUUCGAUUCUGGCAUUUUACACUCUUACAUGUACUCUUCGUUGUACAAUCCAAACAGCAAGAUCAUUGUUCGGACCACUACACAAGACCGCAUGCUGAAGUCGGCCGAGUACUGGCUGGCUGGUUUCUUUGGUCUUGAGUGGACCAACAACGCCACCAUCGAGGUGAUCAUCGAGCAAGACAGGGCCAACAAUUCACUUGCUGGGUAUCUGAACUGUCCCAAUGCCCGUAAACAGAAUGGAGGUGACGAUGCUGCCAAGGUCUGGAUUUCGAACUAUCUAGCCAAUGCUACUGCACGCCUGCGGGAUAUGGUGGAUGGAUAUGACUGGACCAUCGACGACACAUACGCCGCUCAAACCAUGUGUCCCUAUGAGACGGUUGCCUACGGCUUCAGUCUAUUCUGCGACCUUUUCACUUACGAUGAGUGGGUCGGGUUCUCCUAUUCGAUUGACCUCGAGUUCGCCGGCAACAAUGCUUUCCAGAACCCCACAGGUCGUGCCGUGGGUAUCGGAUACCAACAAGAAGUCAUCGCCCGCCUGCAGAACCACACCCUGGGCUACUCGGGCUCGCAGAUCAACAUCACGCUCGACAAUAAUACCGUCACCUUCCCGCUCAACCAGAGCCUCUACUUUGACUUCUCCCACGAUACCAACAUCGCCUCCAUCCUUACGGCAUUCGGGCUCAAGCAGUUCGCCCAACUGCUCCAGCCGACCGAGUACCCGGGCCCGCACAACUUCACCGUCUCGCACCUGACGCCGUUCGGCGCCCGCCUCGACAUCGAGAUCAUCAAGACCCCGAAGCCGUUCAAGGCCGACCGGUCUGGCUACGACGAGGACGGCGGAGAGACCAAGUACGUCCACUUCGUCCUCAACCAGCGGACGGUGCCGCUGGGGGCGAGCUUCCCCGAGUGCGAUGCCGAGAGGAAGGACGGCUGGUGCGAGUUUGAGACGUUCUUGAAGGUCCAGCAGGACAUGCCCAGGCUGGCGGACUACGAAAGGGCGUGCCACGGGGACAUCGAAACGGUGCCGUACGGGGUUGUGUAUGACGGCAGGCCCUUGUGA